CCACCUCUCACAUGUUCGGCAACCAGGAACUCCGACGGCUCGACAUGAUUCCUAAAUCCUUCUCAUGACUCGAAAGGAGUUUCCAGCUGCAGGGGAUUCAGAAUCAUACAAACGAGUGUCCUGCGUCGCAUCGUUUCGGCCUCGUUCCUCUAGAAGAUUUGGAAAAUGUUCUCCAGAAAACAUCUAAAACUUCUACUUCUUGGGAACGCGGGGGUGGGGAAAUCUGCCCUGAUGAACCAGUUUGUAAAUAGUCGUUUCAGCAACCACUACAGGGCAACGAUCGGGGCCGACUUUUUCACCAAGGAAUUGCGGAUGGACGACCAGCUGGUGACCGUACAGAUCUGGGAUACGGCCGGCACCGAACGCUUUCAGUCUCUGGGGGCGGCUUUGUAUAGAGGGACGGACUGUUGCCUGCUGGUUUUCGACGUCGCCUCUCCUAGUUCCUUUCAAGCGGUUGAAACCUGGCAUAAAGAAUUCCUAGUGCAAGCAGAGCCUCUCAAUGCUGAUCGAUUCCCCUUCGUGGUGCUCGCCAACAAGACCGACUUGGAGGAACGGCAGGUCUCCCCGCGACAGGCGCAGGACUGGUGCAAAACAUGCAGCGCUGAGUAUUUUGAAACCAGUGCCAAGGAAGCAGUGAAUGUGGAGGAGGCGUUCCUGGCAGCCGUCAGACUAGCCCUGAACCAACACCAGGAGCCGGAGCCGAAGCAGAACGCUGUGAUUCUACCGACGCAAGAGGGCAGUAAACCCAGAGGAAAGUGUGACUGUUAAGAAGCCAGGAGCUGCCCCUACCCUACACGCCAGGAGACCAUCCGCCGACCACACGGAGGAGAGACCGUCUGCAGCCAUCGCUAUGCUGGAGGAGACGCGGCCACAAACUUACAACCAGAACUUUUGAUAUUGUGCAAAACUAUACAAAAUGUAUUUAUUAAAAAAAAAAAGUGAACUAAAAGGCGCUGUCUGUUUUAAAGUCACUUGGCAUACAAGAAAAAGGGGCAAGGGACCUCAUAUCUACUCCCCACCCCCCUUCAGUACGAUCAUCUCACAUCAUUCACAUACAACGAACAAAGAAGUUCCUAAAAUAUCGAUUCUGUAAACCGAUUAAAAUGGCACUAAAUCUUAAGUA